AUGGAACGCAACGCUUACCCUCCCCCGCCGGGGCCGAUGGAGGACUACGUUCCCUAUGCUGUCCGUUCUUUGCCGCCUAUCGUUCCUGUCUCCUUGCCACAGCAUUUGCGGCUCCCUAACCUACCGUCGCCCCAGCGGGAAUCGCCUUUUCCGGAAUUUGUGCUUACCACGCAUCUCACGCCUUGUGCGAGGAUGCGUGCACACCCUACGGCUACCAAGCCCUCCAUUCGUCCCGCCUACCCCGGGGAGGAGAGUACCGGACAGGGAAAACGGGGCAGAGCUAGGGAAGUGAGCGACUUGACGCACAAGCUCUGGCAGCAGUGGGAAGAAGUACAUCAUACUCCCAGCUGGGUGGGGGAGGAGGGACCGCAGCUCUGGGCUGUAGUGAACCGGUUUGUGAGGCGAGGGGCGGAGGGAGGAGCUGGGGGAUUGACGCUCUUCUUCGUGCAUUCCAAUGGGUAUCCUAAAGAGACGUGGGAACCGCUUAUAGGCAUGAUCCUAUGCCGUUCGGUGAAGGUGGACGAAAUUCUUGUCUGGGAGUCGUUCAACCACGGUAAUGCGGCACUUAUCAACGCCCCGCACUUGGGGGAUACCUACGACUGGGCUGAUAACGCCCGCGAUAUCAUGACUUUCCUGACGCAUUACCGCCCGCUCACCCACCAGCCAGCGCCUGUACACCUUCCUUCCCAUGCAAAGGAACCAACCGCCAAACGAGUAAUUGGGAUUGGCCACUCACAUGGCGGGGAGAUCCUUUGCCGCACAGCCGUCCAUUGCCCAGAGAGCUUUACGAGCGUAAUGCUCGUCGAGCCUAUUAUCAUCCCCGAGUUCAGAUAUGACCGGCGUUUGAAGCUCGCGUCGCUCAAGGCGUGGGACAUGCUCAGGAAGAGCACGCUUAUCCGUCGCUCGGUGUGGCCUUCCAUGGAAGAAGCACGCCUUUUCUUCCUCCGAUCGCCUUUCUUCCAACACUGGCACCCUGACGUCCUCGAAGCAUACAUGACCCACGCCUUCUUCCCCCUCCCCGACUCUCAAGGAGUGAAACUAAAGCAAUCUCCCUUCGACGAGUCGAUCUGCUACUUCGACCCCCGUGGGCCCUCAGAAUCCUGGUACCUCCUCCCCCAGCUGGACGAGCGCGUAGAGCUGAGGUUCGUGCUGGGUGAAGCGGGGCAUUUUACGGGUGGGGAAGAGGUGAGGAGACAUACGGUCUGGAGAAGGAGGGGGAAUUGCUCGAAUGUCAGGAUAGGGGCUGGGCAUUUUAUCCCACAAGAAGCACCGGAGCUGUUGGCGGAGGAAGUUCUGAAGAUGAUCGGGAGACAUCAUCCUCGGGUUGAACUGGUGCAAGCGAGAUUAUAGGGGGUUAGAUAUAUUGCAGUAGGCCCGCUUUGGAUGUUUGGAUGUUUGAACUUUCUGUAGAAAGG